AAGAAUCAUAUAGUUCCUUCUGUCUUCACAUACCUCUCAAUCAAAAACUCUCUUUCGUUCUCUCUCUCUAUAGAGUCUUUUAAUUUAUUUUUUAAAAAUCGAUACCAGUGAAUGUUGUCUUCUUCGUCGUCAUGGUAACACCAGAAUCUCCCACGAAAGAUAAUAAUUCAGCUCCGAUGACUGUGAAAAACGACAGCGUUACGAUCAUUUCUAAUUCCUUGUACUCAUCGUCUCCUUCUGCGAAGAAACUCUUCGAAUCGCCGAUAAAGAGUACAUCGGUUCAGGUGGCUUCUCCGGCUGUCAAGUCUCGGUGGUCGUUUUCCUCUUCAAAGAAAAGCUUCGGAAGUAAAGAUGAAACCUUUUUCGAUACCCAGCAAUGGCUACAAUCUGACUCAGACGAUGAUUUCCACAGCGUUAAUGGCGAUUUCACUCCUUCGCGUGGAAACACUCCUAAGAGCAGCUUCUCGGACAGACUUCCUCGCAUCAACAACCUUAUAUUCCACGAGAAUAAGCCUUCUCGAGGCUCUUCCCCAGCGCCAAAACCGAGGAGGAAGAAGCUUGGUGAUCUCUUCAGAGAAAGUAUAAGAGAAGAACGAGAGGAAAGCUCUGGAGGGUCAUCUUCUCUCAGCUCUCCUUAUCUCUCUGGUGAAAACUCAGGCGAGUUCAACAAGGUCGCCAUUGAGGACUCUAGCGUAAAGGAAGAGAAGAAGAAGUCUAACUGGCAGCAUCAUCGUUGUCUUCCUGGUUUCUCUGCGUGUGGUGGAAGUUUCAUGGAGAGGAGGAAGAAGAUGAGCUCUGAAACUGGGGUUGUUGCUGUGAAAUGAGAUGCAGAGAGAACAAUAUUGUUGUGUAUAUGAUAAAAUGAGAGAGAGAUCUCAGAGAAAAAAAAGCUCUUGUGAAUUUUUACAAGUACUACUUCACUUGCUGUGAUGAGAAGAAAAUGAAUCCCAUAGUUGAAGAGAUUAUGUAAAAAAAGAAGAGAUGUUCUGGUGUUGUUGAAGAAAUGAUGACUAUUGGAUC